CGAAGAUUCUCUGUCGUCUCGGGAAUUCAUCUCCAGCUUGUCUUUUCCACUUUCAGUUCCCCCCGCUUUCUGCGAACCCGGGAUGAAAAUUUCCAUAAUUUCAUAGCUUCCAAAAGGGAUUGUAAAGUUUUCCCCCAGAAAUUCUGCAAAUUAUUUUCUGAGCUCGUUCUGUCAGUUUCCUUUUGGGCCAGCUUGCUCUGUUUUUCUUAUUCUUAAUUGCAAUUGAAGAAGGAAAGCGUAUAAUACACAUUUGUUGCGUGAUUCCCGGAGAUCCCGCGCGUAAUUACCUAAAUAUAUCGUCUCUUUUAAUCCGAAGAUAAAAACAUUCUGGAGGGAUUAUUUUCAAAGCUUGACGUACAAUUACUCUCGAAAUAGAAAAACCAACUAGAUUGUUAGUGGGUAAAUUGAGAUUUUUAAUCCGUUCAAUCUUUUAGUGGAAGCUGACCAGUUUCGUCAAAAUUCCGGCUGCGAGUUGUUGACAGGGUAAGACCUUGCAAGAGAAUUGGGUGCUCUUGGGGCCUGAGAAACGGGGAAGUUGAUAUGGGUUCGUACGGAAAUCUUGCAAGGAGGGCUUUGGAAACCGAGAUGCCGAUCAUGGUUAAGAUGCAGGAAUUGCUUCGAGGAGCCAAGAAUGCUGUGUCCUUGGCCCAGGGGGUGGUUCAUUGGCAACCUCCAAAGCAAGCAUUGGACAGGGUGAAAGAACUUGUAUGGGAGCCUUCAAUUAGUCGCUAUGGUGCUGAUGAUGGUAUUCCUGAACUUAGAGAGGCAUUAAUCAGAAAGUUGCAUCGUGAAAAUAAUUUGCAGAAGUCUUCAGUGAUGGUUACAGCUGGUGCAAAUCAGGCCUUUGUGAAUUUAGUCCUUACACUGUGUGAUGCGGGGGAUUCAGUGGUUAUGUUUGCACCUUACUAUUUCAACUCCUACAUGUCCUUCCAGAUGACUGGCGUCACCAAUAUACUUGUGGGUCCUGGUGACCCCAAAACACUUCAUCCAGAUGCAGAUUGGUUGGAAAGGAUAUUAUCAGAAACUAAACCUACCCCAAAGCUUGUCACUGUUGUUAAUCCGGGCAACCCAACAGGAACCUAUAUUCCAGAUCCUCUCCUUAGGAGGAUUUCGGAUCUUUGCAAGAACGCUGGCUCUUGGCUUGUUGUUGAUAAUACAUAUGAGUAUUUUAUGUAUGAUGGUCUGAAGCACACUUGUGUUGAGGGAAAUCACAUCGUUAACAUUUUCUCUUUCUCAAAAGCGUAUGGAAUGAUGGGGUGGCGUGUGGGAUAUAUAGCAUAUCCAUCUGAAGUAGAAGGUUUUGCUGCCCAGCUUCUCAAAGUCCAAGACAACAUUCCGAUCUGUGCUUCGAUUAUCUCACAGCACCUCGCUCUUCACUCAUUAGAAAUGGGUCCUGAGUGGGUUACAGAGAGAGUACAGGGUCUUGUGAAGAACCGGGAAAUCGUUUUGGAGGCGCUGGCCCCUCUUGGCGAAGGUUCUGUAAAAGGAGGGGAAGGAGCUAUAUACUUAUGGGCAAAGCUGCCAGAUGGCCAUGCUGACGAUUUCAAAGUCGUUCGCUGGCUUGCUCACAAGCACGGGAUUGCUGUUAUUCCGGGAAGCGCUUGUGGGUGUCCGGGGAAUCUUCGCAUUUCAUUUGGAGGCUUGACAGAGAAUGAUUGCAGAGCUGCUGCAGAAAAGCUCAAGAGAGGCUUGGAAGAACUUGUUAAAGAUGGUUUAGUGUAGUAGUGUCCUUGAUAGCUUUCCAAUCCUUGAUAGCUUUCCAAGCCAAGACUAAUAUUAUAUCGAAGUGAACAAUGAUAGAAAAAAAUUCAAGAGCAAAAUCCAUUUCAUAGUGGAUUUUAAAUAAUUGAGGAAUUUACUCUCUACCUGGCAAAGCUUUAAGAGUAGCCAGGAUUUGUCAUGUCAUUAUCAUUUUUCAAUGGAUACUGAAACAUGCAAAAUUUGUUCUAUGCUUCCUCAGAGGGUUAACUUCUAGCGUGGCUGAUAGAGUUCUGCACUAAGUUUGCAAUUUGUUGACAUCCCCAGUUUCAUAUGAAGAUGAAAAGCUUAUUUGUCCUUGCCAAUAAGCCAAUGAAUGGUUCACACAAUAUCUUUA